CGCAUUCGAACUGGAGAUGUCUCGAUGGAUCUGUUUUCUUUCAAACGUCCACCUAAAUUUGCCGGUUAAUGAAUAAAAACCGGACGUAGUGAAACUUAAACAAGCACGUAUGCCAUAUGGUUGAAACAAAUAAUGCCGGUCCUCGUUUCUAGGAUAAUCAUCGUGAAUAUCGCUAUUUUUCUGCUUGCGUGCAAUACUGGUACACAAGGAAUAAUAGAAGUCAUUGUAUUAGAGGGAACUACAGACUUCCAACUGAUGUGUCCAGAAGUUCCUAAAACUGUUAAUAUUGUGUCAUAUAAAUGGUUCUAUAAUCAGGACCCAAUUGAUAGACUACGAAAGAAUAUUCUGAGUUUUGAUUCUGUUGAUCGAAAAGAAAGCGGGAUCUAUGCCUGUAAUAUUGAAACUACCGAUGUCAGCUACAACUAUACCUAUUUAUUGAAAGUUGAAUACCCGCCUGAACUUUUGUCUUUUCCAUCAUCUGUCAAAUUUGUACAUCCGAACAGUAGUGUUAGCUUAGAGUGCCAAUGCGAUGGAGAACCAGUGCCUGUUGUCACAUGGAUGAAAGAUGGUCAGCCUUACAGAAAAGGCAACAAGUUGAGACUAACAGGAAAUAAGGCUGCAAUCAGGUUCUUCCAUUCCUGUCUAUCCUUUGCCACCAUUUCUGCACUACUCCAGGUCAGGUUUGCUUGGGCAAGUUCUGUGUCCAGUGGGAUACUGAAGAUUUCAGACACUAGCAUUGCAGAUAGUGGAAAUUACACAUGUUUAGCUGGUAAUUCUGAUCAGAAAAUAUCCCAAGAUUUUCAUGUGAAGGUUAGAGCACCUCCAAAUGCAGUAAAUAUCAGCAUUGAAAAUAUUGACAGUCACACAGUCAGAAUAAACUAUCAUGUAGAAGGUUGCCAUAGAAACACUGAGUAUCCAGCUACAACUAUUAACCUGCAGUAUGGUCAGAUGCAGUCAGAGACUACCUUGAUUACGUUGGAUCCUAAGGAUUCAUCUUAUGUUUUGGGAGGCCUUGAAGUUGAAGGUCAAUAUGAGCUGGACAUAUGGGCUGUUAAUGAAGUCGGCAGUGGCAAUAUAACAUCAGUCAAUUUCACUGUAGGUCCAUCACGUUCAUCAAGGUCAGCCCAAGAGGUUAAGUCAAAAGAUAAAAAUGAGAAUAAAGAUCUACACAGACUGUCACCAGAAGCAUCUCACGCAGCCUAUACUUUCUUCAUAAUAGUUGGUGUUAUGAUAGGUUUAGCCAUGUUGGUUUUCAUCAUUAUUGUGAUUGGUAUUUUUUGUAGACGAUUAUUGUACAGAGUUUAUGAUGACUGUAAGUAUGACACAGCAUGUCGUGUUAUGUGA